AUGUCGCUCAGGAAAUACCGCUGGAAUACCCUGCUCAACCUACCCGACGACUUUCCCGUCCUAAACCACAGAUACCGGGGUAAAUGGACGACCGACGCCAUCUAUUUUGCUAUCACCGGUGGCGACCUGCCCGCCGUGCACGAGUUCAUCCGCCUGCUUGGCACGGAUGUACUCUACCUCUGCGACAUGGGCGAGAUCUCGGAGAAUCUCACACCCACCGCGCUCCACAUUGCUGCCGAAAGCGGCCGCGUGGACAUGCUAUCCGUCCUACUCGACUACCGCGACAGCCUGCCGCCGGACGAGCGAGACCGGCGGGAGGGCGCGUAUGAGCGGGACGAGCAGGUAUGGGAGGAUCCCUUUCGGCGCCCCUGGGGCACGCCCCUGACCACAGCGUGUAUGGCUGGGCAGGCCGACGCCGUGCAAAUGCUGCUGGCGAGUAUGCCCAAAGUGGAUGUCAACGCGAGCGACAAGUUUGGUUACACGCCGCUGCAAUCCGUGGCCCGGUACGCCCUGAGCGCGGGGCCGUAUACGGACCCGGACGAGCCGGCGCGGCGUAUGGCCAUCGUCAAGAUACUGCUGGCCAGGGGCGCGGUACCGCGCUCGACGGACGGCCGGCCUGGGCGACCGAAUCCCUUACUUUUAGUAUUAAUGGCCGACCAUGGCCAGGGCGACGCGGCGUUAACCCGCUUCUUCAUCGACGAGGUGGGCAUCGACGUACACGCCGGCUUUUCGUGGUAUACGGCGCGGCUGGACGGCCGUGGCGUCAACGGCGUGGCCGACGACAAAGGCGUCGACGGCUACCACGGCGCACCGACCAACGACACCGACGUCUACUUAACGCCGCUCGCGACGGCCGCCCUCUUUGGCAACGCAGCGGGCGUGGAGGCCCUCUUACGGACCCCAAACACAAAUUGUAUUGCGGACCUCGUUCCGGCGACUGGCCUACCUCCCCUUCACGCUGCCAUGGUCGGUGUGCCCGUUCUCAAAGCAGCCAUCCCGCAGCCGGGCGGCCCGGAACCGUCCUACCAACGCCCGAUCCGUUUUGUCCACAACAACAAGGUAUUCUUUCGACAAGAUGGCUAG